AUGGAAGGGGGAUUAACUCAUGAUGCAAUCAAGAUUGGUAAAAACCUGACCAUUCUUUGCAUAAACAACUCAUUUAAGAAAAUCCCAGCAAAGAGUAUAUGGCUCAGUGGUAACCCUCUCGUCAGCCCCACCACUCUUCUCAUGUUUCAGCUCUCUAGCAUUUCAACGGUCUCACUUCUCAUCAAUGUUUGUUUCAAGCCUUUAGGACAAUCAUCCUUAGUCUCGCAGAUUUUUGGUGGAAUGAUAUUUGGCCCAUCAAUUCUUGGCCACAGCCAAGACGUAGCAGACACCGUUUUCCCGAUCCAUAGCCGAGCUAUAAUGGAUGUGUUCUCAGGAUUCGGCAUUAUGUUCUUCUUCUUCGAAGUUGGAGUAAAGAUUGACCCGUACCUGAUGGUGUGUCCGGGACGAAUGGCUGCAGUUAUAGGCGCUUCGGCUCUCAUCAUUACGACGGGUCUUUCAAUUGGACUUGCUGUUUUCUUAAAGACGUCCGUCACCAUGAGUACCUCCCUCCAGAACUCGUUGAUACUUGUAGCAUCAUCUCAAUCUUUAACAGCUUUCCCUGUAAUUUCUACACUGCUAGACGAGCUCAAGAUUAUAAACACUGAUGUCGGUCGAAUUGCUCUCUCUUCCUCCAUGUUUUCCUUUUUAAUCGGUUUUUCGACGACUUCGAUUCUUUUCUCCAUCAAACAAGCCAAUUCCCAUCAUAUUUACAGUUUUCUACCACCCUUUCUUUCCGUAGUUGCAUUUGUAGCCACCAACUUUUUAAUUCUUCGUCCCAAGUUAAAGAAGAUGUUUACUCAAGCAAUGGGUCCAAAAUCUAUUGAUGAGAAGACCAUAGCAUCUAUAUUCAUCCUAGUCAUGGUGUCGGCAUUCAUUAGCGAGGUAAUCGGGCAGCAUUACAUCUUCGGACCAUUACUUUUAGGCCUGGCUGUGCCUGACGGACCGCCUUUAGGCGCAGCUAUAUCGUCCAAGCUAGCUUCUCUCGGGUUAGCCUUUUUCUAUCCAGCCUACUGCGCUGUCACCGGCCUGCAAACAAAUGUCUUCGACGUUGAUUUAGAAACUUACUACAUUAUCGGGAUCAUCAUCAUCUUUACUUUCGUUGUCAAGCUUAUAGCAGUGAUAUUACCAGCUCUCUGCUUCAAUUUGCCCAUCAAAGAAGCAGUUGUGCUUGCACUGAUUCUAAACGCAAGAGGCAUUGUUGAACUUACUUUCGUCAAUCUUUGGAAGGACGGAAAGCAAAUCGGGAAUCAAUCAUUUACACUGGUAACGGUCUCGGUAUUGGUAGUGACCGCGAUUAUAACUCCGUUGGUACGAAUGUUGUAUGAUCCGACGAAGCAAUGUGUUUCAGAAAAGAGGAGUACCAUCCAUCAUUCCAACAGUAAUUUAGAGUUUCGUAUCCUGGUUUGCAUCCAUAACCCUGAAAAUAUCCCAACAAUAAUGAACAUACUUGAAGUAACCCAUGCCAGUGAAAUGAACCCCGUUGCGGUCACAGCUAUGGUCCUAAUUGAACUUGUGGGAAGAUCAACCCCGGUCCUCGUACGGACUGACAAGCAUCGCGGAGAAACGCCAUUGUUGGCAGACCAAGUACUCAAUUCCCUGAUCCAGUACGAGGCACGCAAUGAAGGCUGCACCACUGUUCAAUCAUACACAUCAAUGUCACAAUUUCAGACAAUGCACGAUGAUAUCUGUCGUAUAGCAAUCGACAAGCGUGCCAACAUAUUGAUCCUGCCUUUCCACAAGAAAUGGGCUAUAAGUGGGAAGAUCGAGUCCACCAGUAGUCCCAUACAAAACUUGAACAUCAAUGUCCUAAACAAGGCACCAUGUUCUGUUGGAAUCCUUAUAGACAGGGGAAUCCUAACUGGUUUCACGUCGGUCCGGACAUCCCAGUUGAAAUUCCACGUCGCCGUCCUCUUCCUAAGCGGGUCCGAUGACUUGGAAGCGCUAGCUUACAGCUUCCGAAUGGGGAAACAUGAACGCGUUCAUCUAACCAUCAUCCGUUUACUCGUUUCCGGAGACGAAAACGCGAAAGACUUUAAGUUCGACAACAAUGUGAUCCAUGAAUAUCGACAAGCUAACAAGGAAAAUGAUCGUAUUACGUAUGAAGAAAGGGUGUUAACAGAUGGGUUAUGCUUAUCUUCGUAUAUGAGUUCAAACCUAGAACAUUAUAAUUUGAUUUUAGUAGGGAAAACCCACCAAGAUUCACCACUGCUCCAUGGACUUGGAGAGUGGAACGAGUGCCCGGAGCUUGGGGUGAUGGGCGACAUGCUUGCUUCGCCAUAUUUGAAGACCAAAGCGUCGGUGUUAGUGAUUCAGCAACAUAAGUUACGAGGGAAGCUGCUGGGCAAAAACAUGAGAUUUCUAAGGAGUAAAAGUAGUUCAAUUUAUCCAGAAUUGCCAACCAAAAUUAUUUGUCAGGGAGCCAAGACUGAUUCCUUUUAUAUUUCAGUCGAUGGAUCUCGUCAUUCUUAUUAG